AUGGCUAUGUGCAUACAUCAGACCACAGUCAAUGGAAAAUCAAACAAUGUGACUGAAUUCAUUCUUUUGGGCCUUACAAAGAACCCAGAGCUGCGGAAAAUAUUCUCUGCUGUGUUUCUAAUCAUGUAUGUGGCCACCAUGUUGGGAAACUUACUCAUUGUGAUAACUAUGACUGUGAGUCAGAGUCUGAGGUCACCUAUGUAUUUUUUUCUUACUUCCUUGUCUCUCAUGGAUGCCACCUAUUCAUCUGUCAAUGCCCCCAAGAUGAUUGUGGAUUCCCUUUCUGAGAGAACUACCAUAUCGCUCGAAGGCUGCAUGGCCCAGCUCUUUGCAGAACAUUUCUUUGGUGGGGUGGGGAUCAUUCUUCUCAUUGUGAUGGCCUAUGACCGUUACGUGGCCAUCUGUAAGCCCCUGCACUACAUGACCCUCAUGAAUCCUAGGGUAUGCCUCCUGUUACUAGGAGGUGCCUGGCUUGGGGGGUCCAUGCAUGCAACAAUACAGCUUCUCUUCAUGUACCAAAUACCCUUCUGUGGUCCCAAUGUCAUUGAUCACUUUAUGUGUGAUUUAUUUCCAUUGUUGAAACUGGCCUGUAUAGACACCCAAGUCCUGGGCCUCUUGGUCAUUUUGAACAGUGGGGUAAUGUGUGUAACCAUCUUCCUUAUCCUCAUUGUUUCCUACAUGGUCAUUCUCUGCUCCUUGAAGACUUGCAGCUCUGAAGGGCGGCGCAAAGCCCUCUCCACCUGUGGCUCUCACCUCAUGGUGGUUUUCUUGUUCUUUGUGCCAUGUAUUUUCUUAUACAUGAGACCUGUGGCCACUUACCCCAUAGACAAGGCAAUGUCUGUUUCCUUUACCAUUGUUGCACCCAUGUCAAACCCCUUGAUCUAUACCCUGAGGAAUGCAGAGGUGAAAAAUGCCAUGAAGAAACUUUGGAUGAAACAACAAAUUCUGAAUGCUCACUAG